AUGAGGACUACAUUACGAACCGCGAUAAUCCUCGCGCUAGUUGCGACUGUGUUCCUGGUGAAAUUUCACCUCGAUUCCUUUUCGCAAUGGCAAGAUAGCGGCGAUCACAGAGAAGCCGCCACACGAGACUUCUUUGUACUAGAAGAUGGCGACGUAUAUAUCGAGCAGGUCUCGGCUGAUCUGACACCGACCGCAUCACACAAACCGACACGAAGGAAAUGGACUCCCACGCCUCAACCAACGCCCCGUCCAAUGUCCGCCAGUGCGCAAACGAAGCGCAUUCCUGUUGAUGUCCCCGGCGCGGAAUGGGCUGGCCAAGAUCCAUUCUUCCGACCCAGAAGGCCAAAUAAAUUGACCGAUUCGCAAAGAUUUCAUGCGCAGCAACUCGCGCCGCUACCGCAUAUUAAUAAUGUGCAAAAGAUACCACCACCUUCAUCGGCUGCGCCGGCCCGUCCGAAGAUCACUCCGAAAUCUGAUCGAAUAAUCGUUUUGGGAAAAAUGUCCUAUGAAGAUACCAGCUGGUUGGAGGAUGAAUUGCCCGAAUGGCAACACGCAGUAUACCUCGUCGAUGACCCGAGCGCAUCCCUCCAUGUGGAACAAAAUAAAGGCAAAGAAAGCAAUGCCUAUCUGCAAUAUAUUCUAGAAAACUACGACAAAUUACCCCAAUACAUGGUCUUCCUGCACGCACACCAAUACAGCUCGCACGUCGAAUUCUGGGAGCAGGACAACGUCCUCACCGUCCAAAGACUGCAACUCGAUUAUCUGCGCAGAGCAGGAUAUCUCAACCUGCGCUGCGACUGGAGUCCCGGCUGCCCGGACGAAGUCCAGCCAUUCCGACAAAUGGCAGGGCGCACCACCGAACUCGCCUUCGCGGGGGCCUGGAUGCGCAUUUUCAACAACACAAAUGUCCCCGAGAUAGUCGCCACGCCGUGCUGUGCCCAGUUUGCCGUGACUCGGGAGCAGGUUCUUGCGCGGCCGCGCAGUGAUUAUGAGUCUUAUCAUCAUUGGCUUAUGACGACUGAAUUAGAUGACGAGACGAGUGGGCGUGUGUUUGAAUACUUGUGGCACAUCAUUUUCGGGCAGGAUCCCGUGUUUUGUCCUGCGAAGGAGCAGUGUUACCGGAAUGUAUAUGAUAUGGACUAUGAGGAGCCGGAGGAUCCAUUUGGUGAUAACUUCUGGGACAAUUGGUUGGAUGAUGUUUCCGAUGAGAUAUGA